UCACCAGCGAUUUCCUUUCCAAGUGUCAUACCCACUAAAUCAAUGAUUGGAUAACUCUCCACGUGUCAAAUCCACCACAUCACACACCAGUUCUCACACUGAUUCAUAUUACAACUUUCCUAUAUAUAAGAACGUUGAGAAAAAAAGGCACUUAAAAUAAACCAAACCGGGAGAAACUAUAAAAAAGCAAACACACACCCUACUCAGUUAUGGCUAACUCACCAGAAUCAAAUCCCAUUAGCCAUGGUUCCUCAUUAGGAGCACCCUUGCUCGUCCCAUCAAAAGAACCCGGAUGGGAUUCCGGGCCUGGAUCCGAACCCCAGAAGGUUUGCAUAGACGACAUGUUGCAAAACUACUGCGGAGAAUUUGGGUACUGGCAGCUGAAACACUUUGUUUUAACGAGCCUGGCGUGGGCCCUGGAAGCUUUCCAUACUAUGGUGAUGAUAUUUGCAGACAGGGAACCUGGGUGGCGGUGUGUUGGAGAGUUAGGGUGUGAUGAGAAGGAGAGCAACGUUUGUGGGUUGGAACCAGGGUCCUGGGAAUGGGAGGGUGGUCCGGGGAGCUCCACGGUGGCUCAGUGGGGAUUGGUUUGUGGACAGAAGUAUAAGGUUGGGCUUGUGCAAGCCUUGUUUUUUGGCGGCUGCAUGAUUGGUGCAGGGGUUUUUGGUCAUCUAUCAGAUUCAAAACUGGGAAGAAAAGGUUCCUUAACCGUGGUCUGCAUCUUAAAUGCCAUAUUUGGUUGCCUUACAUCAUUAGCCCCUGACUACUCUACCUAUCUCCUACUCCGCUUAGUAACGGGAUUCAGCACCGGAGGUGUCGGCCUCUGUUCCUUCGUCCUGGCCACUGAACCUGUUGGUCCAACGAAACGUGGUGUUGCUGGAAUGUCGACGUUCUAUUUCUUUUCGACCGGAAUCGCAUUGCUCUCGGGCAUAGCGUACAUUUUUCCUUCAUGGCGUGCGCUUUACGUUGCCUCGUCUGUCCCCUCUAUCCUUUUCCUUGUCCUGGUGGUCCCUUUGAUCUCUGAGUCCCCACGUUGGUAUCUUGUUCGUGGGAAAAUGAAUGAAGCCAUGAAAAUUAUGCGCACCAUAGCUAAUGCCAACGGACAUCACCUUCCUGAUGAGGUCAUCCUUGCACUGGAUGAUGAAUCUAAUGAUGCUUCAAAUGGUAAUCAAAUUUGGGAAGCAGCAACAGUUGAAAAAGAAGCAAUCAGUGGUUCCAUUGUAGAUGUAAUCCGAUCACCAAUCACUCGAAUUCGACUAUUCUUAGCAGUGGGAAUCAACUUCACCUGCUCCGUCGUGUACUAUGGCCUUAGCUUAAAUGUCGUCAACCUCGAGACAAACCUUUACCUCACUGUCCUACUUAACGCGGUAGCUGAAAUGCCAGCAUUCACCAUAACAGCAGUUCUGUUGGACAAAUUUGGAAGGAAGCCAUUGGCAAUUGGGACACAAUGGUUUAGUGCAAUCUUCUGCUUCAUGGGGAGCCUUAUGGGCAAUGUAGGAAUAUCCAAAGUAAUAAGAAUGUGUUGUGGGCUUCUGGGGAUAUUCGGCAUGGCUGGGACUUACAAUUUGUUGUUUAUCUACACAGCAGAGCUCUUCCCUACAGUGGUGAGAAAUGCAGCACUUGGAUGUGCAACUCAAGCAGCCCAAAUGGGAGCUAUAUUGGCACCAUUUGUGGUGGUUUUGGGUGGUGGUUUUCCAUUUCUGGUGUUUGGGGUAUGUGGAUUGAUUGGAGGAAUGCUUGCAUACUACUUACCAGAGACAUUAAACAAGCCAUUGUAUGACACAAUGACAGGAUUGGAAGAGGGAGAACUUGCUUGAAAGUUGAAUAUAUAAAUGGUGUCAAUUAUUUGUCACCCAGAGCAGCUUCAUUUCAUCAUUGAGCAUUUAAAGUUUGCAAAAUGGGAUUUUCGCUGCAACAGAAUCAGAAAAAUCAAGAUUUCAGUAAGGGAACAAGGGCAAACAAGUUUUAUAUGGUUUGAGAUUGUUGAUGAACGAAAUAUAGGAGAACCAAGUUGAAUAAGCUUUGAUGAACAAUAUACAUAUUGAAUAAUUUGAUCU